GGGGCUGCUUCGCUGGAUCUCUGGGACCUGGUGAGCAGGCUCCCAUCAGGACACCCUGUGAGCUGGGAUGUGUGUUUGAGGAAGGCACUCUGCGGGCUGGUGACCUUUCUCAGGGCUGGCGUGGGGGACCCAAUCGUGGACAGCGUGCUGCUGAGUGUAGCAGGAGGCGCGUGAGUCUUGGCUUUGGCUGGUGGUGUCUUCGUGGUGGCUUUGCUGCAGCAGCAUGGGCAGUACACCCUGUAGUGGGCACAGCACCAAGUGGGGCCGCCAUCCACUGCCCGAUACAGGCCCGAGUGUGAGCGUGGGUAGAGGCCAGGUGAGAGGGCAGGAGGUCAGCCCUGCUGAGGUCACUGUUGAUUGCCUAGAACUGGUCCUUCUCCGACACAGAAUGUCACAGCUGCCCAUAGAUGUCGUCCUGUGUGUCAGAGCUAGGGGCUCUGGCCUGUCACCUCCUGCCUCCAGGGCUUUGUCAAUGGGAACCUGGGCCUGGGUGUGCAGGGCACCGCUAGGGGGCUCUAAGGGACCAGUUUGGUCGGGAGCAGUGUGGGCAUGGCUGCAGACUGCUGUCUUGCAGGUUGGAGCGCCGAUGCCCAGCCAUGGACGACGACAGCCUGGACGAGCUUGCAGAGCGUGUCACGGGACCUGGCAGACGCCUGCGGCGGAGGCCUGCCAUCCUGGCCAGUGAUGUCGAAGAAAGCAGCGAUGGGAACAGUGGGGACUCCGAUGAUGACACGGGCAGCGAGCAGCUGGGUGGCACAGAGGAGGAGGAAGAGGAGGGGGCGUCUGAGGACCUGGACGACAGAUCUGGUUCUGAGGACUCUGGGGACGAGGAUGCAGAGGCCUCAGUGGCUGACACUCAGAAGAGGCUCGACCCCGAUGGUGCACUGAGCUCUGACAGUGAUGGGGAGAGCUGCCCGAUUUGUCUCAAUGCGUUCCGGAAUCAGGCCGUGGGCACCCCAGAGACCUGCGCCCACUACUUCUGCUUGGACUGCAUCAUGGAGUGGUCCAAGAAUGCCAAUUCCUGCCCAGUGGACCGGACCGUGUUCCAGUGCAUCUGUGUCCGUGCCCGGUUUGGUGGGAAAAUCCUGAGGAAGGUCCCUAUAGAAAACACCAAAGCCGCUGCUGAAGCCGAGGAGGAAGACCCCACCUUUUGUGAGGUGUGUGGCCGCAGCGAUCGCGAGGACCGGCUCCUUCUCUGUGAUGGCUGCGAUGCCGGGUACCACAUGGAGUGCCUAGACCCUCCGCUGCAGGAGGUGCCUGUGGACGAAUGGUUCUGCCCGGAGUGCGCUGCCCCAAGCACCAGCUCUGACCCCAGCCACAUCAGCGAGGAGGAGGUCUCUCUGCUCUUGGCUGACAUGGUACCCACUAGCAGCAGGCUGCGGCCCACCACCAGCCGGACCCGGGCCAUCGCCAGGACUCGGCAGAGCGAGCGGGUGAGGGCCACUGUAAACCGGAACCGCAUCACCACCGCUCAGAGAGCCCAGCAUGUCCCAAGGUACCUGAUGUCGUCUCUGCUUGAGGAGACCAUUGAAGCGGUCGCCUCCGGUUUGAGCACGGCUGUGUAUCAGCGACCUCUGACCCCGAGAGCACCAGUGAGACGCAGAAGGAAGACAGGGAGACGCAAAAAAGUGCUGGGCAGGAAGAAGGCGCCGGCCAGGUCUUCGGUGCGGAGCAGGAGCUCGGGGGCCAGGGCCAGGCGCCGCCAGGGCCGCCUGAAAAGGCGCCAGGGGAGAGGGCUGAAGGUCAGACACAAGGUCACCACGCAUGCCCGCCUUGCCAGGACGCUGGGCCUGCGGAAGCCUGCGUUCGGCGCCUCCCUCCCGUCUGUGCACAAGCCUGCCGACCCCUCCCUGGGGCUGAUGCGUGCAGACAUCGGGGCUGCGUCUCUGUCCUUGUUUGGAGACCCUCACGAGCUGGAUCCCUUUGACAGCAGUGACGAGCUUUCCGCAAGCCCUGCUUCUCCUCUGAGUGCCAAGAGGAGGGUCCUGUCCCAGUCGGCUCUGCGCUCCCACCAGCCUGUGGCCAGGCCUGUCUCCAUGGCGCUGUCCAGGAGGGGCACUCCUGCUGCGGCCGCUCCAGAGCCCCCAGUGGAGGCGGCCCCUGUCCCUGACCUGCUGGGCAGCAUCCUGUGUGGCCAGAGCCUCCUGAUGAUGAGUGGCGAGGACGUGGUCAUCCACCGCGAUGGCUCCCUGAGCGCCAAGAGGGCAGCUCCAGCUGUGUUUCCUCGGCAUUCCCUCAGCAGGCCUGGUGGACCCACAGACUGCAGGCCUGAUGGUCCACAGCCUGCAGCCCACCCUGAGGGUGGCCUGGCUGGGAAUGGGCCCCCAAGCUUGGCAUUUCUACCAUCCCACAGCCGGCCCAGCCCUGCCCCCUCCACAGGCCCAGCCUCCAGGGUCCCUACAUACACGCUGGGGCCAGCUCUGAGGCUGACCUCUUCUGGGGCCCCCCAGGCCAGGCCAGGCCAGGCCUUGGCCAGCAGAGGUGCACCGCCCCGACCCAGCAUGCCUGCGCGUGCUGCAAGUUCCACAUCACCCAAGAUCUCCACUAGGGGCAUGUGCUCACCCCCCGGACACCCAGGGCUGGGGCGUUCCCUGAAGCCGGCACCUGGGAGAAGGGACAUCUCGGAGCUUCCCAGAAUACCAAAGAUCAAGCAAGUGGGCAGCAGCGGGAAUGCAGGCUCGGGCUCACUCCCAGGUGGUGGGCCACGAGUGGAGAUCCCCAGCUCCUGCAUCAGCCGCCUGACGGGCAGAGAGGGCCCUGCGCAGCCUGGGCGAGGGCCUCGAGUUGAGCCUGAGCCUAGCCGCCAGGGUCCGCGGGAGCCCCAACCCUCAGGCCCCGGCUCCCAGGGCAGCCCAGCUCCCGCUCCGGUCGGGUCCGCCAGGGGCAAGGGCAUGGGAUCUGCCUUUGAGAGCUUCCGGAUUAAUAUUCCUGGAAACGUGGCCCACUCCAGCCGGCACCCUAGCCCGGGCUUCUGUAACACCUUCCGGCCCGUGGACAACAAGGUGCAGCGGAAGGAGAACCCAGCUCCCCUCUUCUCACUCAAGAAGCCUAAGCAGCUCAAGAGCGAGAUCUACGAUCCCUUCAACCCCACCGGGUCCGACUCCAGCUCCCCCAGCAGCAGCCCUGAGCGGCCAGGCGCUGGCCUGCUGCCCUCCGAGAUCACCAGGACCAUCUCCAUCCACAAUCCCACGGCCCCCGCCGGCCAGACAGUGCGCUGUGUCACCUCCUACACAGUGCAUGCUGCCUUCCGGCCUGAGCCUGACAGCCCCCGGGAUGGUGCUGCCUCCGACCUGGAGCCUGAGGCCCCAGGGGCGCCCCGGCGCAGCGCCUUCUUUGACUCGGAGGCACGUACUGUGACCUGCGUGACGGUGGUGGAGCCUGAUGCCACGCUGAGCCCGGAUGAACUGCCACCCACCACCCACCGAGUCGUGGAACUACGCUCACCUUCGCCAGCCCGCUCCGACGCGGAGGCUGCAGCCAAGGAGCCGCAGAGGACGCGCUCCCGCAGCCGCUCAGGUUCCCGCUCCCGGGAGAGGAGCUCCCACUCAGUCUCCCCAUCUGCUGUCCACACCCGGAAGCAGCGGCCCAAGGCCCGGGCGCGGCACUCCUCCAGCGAGGGCUCCAGCAGCCGCGAGCGGGGCCGGCGGAAGAGGGUCAAGGGCCGCGAGAGGGAGCGGGCCUCCUGGGGCCACGGGCGCAGGCGUUCCCGCUCUGGCAGCGCCGGCAGCUCAUCACAUGAGCACCACGAAAGUCGCAGGAAGAGGCCUCGGAGCUCAGCAUCCCGGUCCCGCGUUCGCGAUGGAUCGCCGGCCAGCAGCCUGGAGCGCGUCCAUAGGCACAAGCACCGGCGGGAGCGCAGCCACGACAGGACCGAGCGCAAGGAGGGGGCUUCUCGGCCACGGGGCCGGCGGCGCUCACGGGAGAGGAGCAAGUGGCGGGCUCGCUCUCCCAGUGCAGAGCACCGGGCCAGGGAGCAGCGAAGGCCCCGCUCCCGGGAGAGACUGCCCCGGACUCACUCUCGUUCCCCAGACAGAAAGCCACCGGCCAAGGAGGUGACCCCGCCGCCUGCGCCCAACACCCCCGCUUCAGAUGAAGGACCCUUGGCCAGGCCCCCUGGCCCUGAACAGCGGGAGGUGACAGCUGAGGCAUCCACAGCCUCGCCAGAGGUGCCUGUGGCCAAGCUGGCCGAGGCCCUCCGAGGGCCCGAGGGCCUGAGUGAGGAUGUGCUGGAUGACCUGGACUAUGGUGAUGCAGUAGAGGCAGGCCAUGUCUUCGAGGAUUUCAGCGAGGCUGUCUUCCAGCUGGAUGACAUGAGCUCCCCGCCUUCCCCGGAGAGCUCCGACUCUUCUCCGGAGNCCACUCCCACCUCUACCCGUACGCCAUUCAUUCCCACCCGCCCCUGGCAGCCAGGCCUGGACCCCAGCCAGGCCCUGGCUGUCAUUCAGAGGGAGGUGUCUCUGAUCCAUGGUGAUGAGGACCUGCAUCCCCCACCUCCCACUGAGGGCCCCCACGGGCAGGAGGCCACUGCAGGGAGCCCGGCUGUUGGGGUGCUGCCCAACAGGAUGGAGGUGGGGCUUUGGGCAGCAGAGGGGGCCAAACCUGAGGAAGCAGUCCCUCCCAUGCCCCUUAUGCGCUCCAAGGCCCCUGUGAAAAGGGUCACGUGGAACCUGCGCGAGGAGACCAGCGGCACCCCUGCCUCAGACCAAGUGCCCCUGGGACCAGCGAACAGGCCACAGCAGCCCAAGGAAGUGCCCUGGGGAGCAGAAGGUGCGGGUCCUGUAGCAGCUGCCUUCUGCCAGGUGCCUCCCUUCUCCGAGCCACUGCUUCCCGGCCAGCCUCUCCCUGAGCCCGUGUUCCCCGACAUAGACGCCUCUCAGGUUUAUAGCCCCACUCUGCCUGUGGCCCUGCCCCUGCCCUCGAGCGAUCCACCCUAUGCACCCGCCAGCCAGCCCGCCAUCCAGUUUCACGUGCAGGGCAGCCUCCCCCUGGCAGGCUGUGGGGGGCCCCAGGGCUUGGCCCCAGUGCCGACCACCCUGACCACCGCCUCGGAGCCGGCUGUCCCUGUCCCAGCAAUCAACAACAGCGAGGAGAAAGGCACUGCUCCCAAGCCUGCUGGGGAGAAGGUCAAGAACGAGGAGUACCUGAAGAAGCUGCACGUGCAGGAGCGGGCAGUGGAGGAGGUGAAACUGGCCAUCAAGCCUUUCUACCAGAAGCGGGAGAUCACCAAGGAGGAGUACAAGGACAUUCUGCGCAAGGCCGUGCAGAAGAUCUGCCACAGCAAGAGUGGAGAGAUCAACCCCCUGAAGGUGGCGAACCUGGUGAGAGCCUACGUGGACAAGUACCGGCACAUGCGCAGGCACAAGAAAGCUGGCCCAGAGGAGGGCCUGCCCGCCCAGGAGGUGGAGGGCUGAGCCCAGGACUGGACUUUUUAUAUGUACAUGAGAGACACUGUUUUCAUUGUGUUCUAAUUUAUCAAAACAUAUGAUCUUUAGAAACUU